GGACGAUCGCCGCUAGUAGUCCGUUACUUAAAUCGCGGGCGGCACCUGGGCUCUCUCGGCUGUCCCCUCAUCUCAGCGCUAGCCAACACAAGGCAACCCAACCGGCAAGCUGCCAUUUGGUGAAAUGAGGGGUAUUGAGGAGACAAGGCAACGAUGGAAUACCUUCUUUGGCGACAAUAACACCACCGCCGAUCUUCGGACAGCCCUUCGGUCGGAACAAGGAGACAAACUGUGCGAUGAGGGAUUGAGAUCUAUUUGCUGGAAGGCAUUCCUACUUUUCGAGGAUCUCGACCGAGCGCAAUGGCCGCAGAAGAUCGCCGAUUCCCGAAGUGCCUAUGUCGCGCUGAAAGCCCAUUUUUUAAAAUAUAUUGAACACCCGGAUGACCUGCAGUCGACAGUUGAUCCGCUGGCGGAUGAUGAAGAGUCCCCAUGGCAAACGUUACGAGAUGACGAGCAGACGAGGGCGGAUAUCUCCCAGGAUGUCGACCGGUGCCUACAGGAGAAUUUCUUCUUUCGUGAGCCGUCAACGAAGGCAAAAAUGGUCGAUAUAUUGUUCAUAUACUCGAAACUUAACCCGGAUUUGGGCUAUCGUCAAGGAAUGCACGAGAUCCUGGCUCCGAUCCUCUGGGUGAUUGAUAGAGAUGCCAUCGAGCCAAAGUCUCUGCAGGAGCUUAACGCCAAAGAAGCCGAUGAUGACAUGAUGCUUCAGCUUCUUGACGCAAACUAUGUGGAGCACGACUCUUUUGCCUUGUUUUGCUCAGUUAUGCAAAUCGUUCGCGUGUAUUAUGAGCAUAAUAGACAUCGGUCCGAAAACGGCCAGGCGGAUGUUAUCCCAAUCGUCCAUCAAUGCCAGCGCCUUCAUAACGAGCUCUUGGUUACCGCGGACUUGGAGCUGGCGGAUCAUCUGCAAGCACUAGAAAUCUUACCACAGAUAUUUCUCACCCGUUGGAUGCGCUUACUGUUCGGUCGUGAGUUCGCUUUUCAAGACGUUCUUCUCAUUUGGGAUCGGCUUUUUGCAGAAGGAUUACGACCCGAAUUGAUCGACUUUGUGUGCGUCGCCAUGCUUUUACGGAUUCGUUGGCAAUUAUUGAGUGCCGAUUCCUCCGGCGCUCUAAGUAUGCUGCUUCGUUACCCUUCGCCUCAUCCUCACGAUCCCCUAAGCUUCGUACUUGACGGGAUCUACUUGGAACAAAACCCCACCCCUGACCGAGGCAUAUUCAUCAUCUCAAAAUAUUCUGGCAGGCCACCGGAUAUCACCAAAGGUCUCGGGCAGCCCAAUCCGAAGCCCGUAUCCAGCAAAAAGUUCCGCCUGCGGAGCAUUUCAAGGGAUUUGAGCGAAGGCAGCUCUCCUUCCAGGUCUCCUGCAAGGAAUAGCCCCAAGAGCCUCGAAGCACUUUUUCAAGACGUUUCGGAGGGCAUACAACGUCGAACCGAGGCAUGGGGUGUAGCCAAAGCUGUCCGAGGGGCAGUGACCGAAGCCAAGAGAAACAUGCAAUCUAUCCAGUCGGAGCAUUAUUCACGCUCCGCACGGUAUGAAUCCUCCAGCCCUGCCGUAGGGAUGCCGUGGGAUCAUGGUUCCGAUGUUACGGCUCAAUGGAAGGCGAAGAUUGAACAGCUUGAAGAACGGAACAGGAAGCUUGCCAAGAACCUCGGCCAUGCCUUGAAUGAUAUUCGUUCUCAUAUGAUGAGAGCAGAGGGUAUUGAUAAGAAGACUAGCAACGCCUUGAGAAACGCACUCACCCAGGUUCAAUCGGUCCAGACAUGCCUUGAGGACUCCUCUGUUCCUCUAGGCUCUGUGGAACAAGUUUCUAACGACAAUGGAGAAGACCAGGAGUCGCUUUCUGACACCUCAAAAUCCACGGGUGAUCGCGUUGAGGCGGGGGCUGAGAAAGCAUGUGACACGUCAACGGCAACACGCAAGGUUAGCGUAUCUGCGAAGUCAUCCAGGUCGUCCGUUGAGAGUGAGACGAAAUCGCCCACGGCCGCAACGAACUCUCAAAUUCCCGCAUCUAUGCCACUCCGACACGCGGCCCGUCCAUCGUUGGCGGAUUCGGAGUUUUCCUGGAUGCUCGGGGGCGGGCGACAGUUUUCGAGUUUCGUUAGUCCGGCAUCCGUGCCGCCCGAGCAAACUCGGCACGGGCUUGGGGAAAUGCGAUCCAAACCGAAUACCUUAUUUGGCAAUGGAGACGAGGAGCAUGGACGGUCCGGCGCUGAGCCCGACGGACUGGCGCUGCGGAGUCUUCGGGGGCCCAAAGCUCGCGAGUAGUCCGGAUGUGCUUUUUUGAUCGGUUCAUUUUGUUUCUAGAAGUUUAGCCCCGACACUUUCAUUAGUCCGAUAUACCCAGUUGUAGAGGUUCUGGAGCUCCUCUUCUCAAUUCUUCCCUUGCUGCCUGAAUCAGACCAUGAAGACGGGCCGAGAUACUUUAUCCGGUCAGAUUAAUCAAAGCGUCCGCUGGGCUUUUCGACAUGACUAUUCCUUCGGCAAGUCGGGUAGGAUUUUUGCCACAGCUGUAGUACCCUAAGGGGUCGCUAUAGCCACACAGUUG